AUGGAGGCUCCUCUAAGCCCCCCAACUCCGUCGCCGGCGCCCAACCUGUCCUUACCCAUCUCGCUGGAUUGGGCUCUCAACUUGACUUCCUCGGAGCAGGAGGCCCAGGUCCCCGGGGCACCGCCGCCGCCAGAGCCGCCGCCGGAGCCGCCCAGUCGCCGCGUCCGCCUGGUCCUCCUGGGGGUCAUCCUGGUGGUGGCGGUGGCUGGCAACACCACGGUACUUUGCCGCCUGUGCGGCGGCGGUGGGCCCUGGAUGGGUCCCAAGCGUCGCAAGAUGGACUUUCUGCUGGUGCAGCUAGCCCUGGCCGACCUGUACGCGAGUGGGGGCACUGUGCUGUCGCAGCUGGCCUGGGAGCUACUGGGCGAACCCCGGAGGGCUGUGGGCGACGUGGCUUGUGGCUUCGUGCAGCUGCUGCAGGUAUCAGGGCGGGGCGCCUCGGCCCACCUCGUGGCACUCAUUGCCCUCGAGCGCCAGCGCGCGGUGCGCGGUCCUAGGCACCCGCAGCUGCCCGCGCGCGCCCUCGCCGGCCUCGGCUGGCUGCUGGCUCUGCUGCUGGCUCUGCCCCCCGCCUUCGUGGUGCGUGGAGGCGUCCCCUCGCCACCACCCGCCGCGACCCCUGCCGUCCGCACCUGGUUCGCGGAACGUAGCUGCCGUGGCAUCUUCACUGCCCUGCCGCGCUGGCACCUGCAGAUCUACGCGCUCUAUGAGGCCGUCGCGGGUUUCGCGGCGCCGGUCGCGGUCAUGGGCAUCGCUUGCAGCCGCCUGCUCCGCGCCUGGUGGCAGCGCCCUCCCGAGGCCCCCUCGGCAGAGGCGCCCUGGCCUGCCAACUUGGGCCGAGCCCCCGCGCCUAAUGCGCUGCCCCGAGCUAAAGUGCAGAGUCUGAAAAUGAGCCUGGUGUUGGCGCUGCUGUUCGUGGGCUGCGAGCUGCCCUACUUCGCAGCCCAGCUGGCGACCGCGUGGUCGUCCGGACCGGUGGGAGACUGGGCGACCGGGUAUCUGGCAGUGACUCUGCGACUCGUAGGGGUGGUCAGCAGCGCUCUCAAUCCCUUCGUCUACCUCUUCUUCCAGGCAGGCGACUGCCAACUACGGCGGCAACUACGGAGGCGCCUGGGCACUGUCUGCUGCGCGGUAGAGGGAGUCACAGAGGACGAAGAGGGGGCGCGGGGCCAUCAGGCGCUGCACCGCCAUCGGUGGCCUCAACCCCAUUAUCACCACGCUCGGGAACAGCCGGAGGAGAACUGCUUGCGCCCACCCCCGCCGCGCCCGCGGGUGCUGCCUUGCUCCUGCGAAAGCGCCUUCUAG